AUGCUGGAUGAGUUUGGACAUUCUAGAGGAUGCAGGAGUCUCAGUUGUUUCUCCAAGAACAAAUCCCGCCGAGAAAAAUUGAGACAAGAUGACCUCUAUCAUCACUUUUCUAAAAAGGUGGUAAACUCCAAGGAGCCGAAGCCUGCUCAUCACAGGACGGGGGAGGCCGUGAUCCCAAAGAAGAGGGACAAACAUGUGGCAGAUGAUGACCUCUAUCGGCGUCUCUUGCGACAAGAAGUGAGAGACAAAUUUGAGGGUUCCACUUUCUCAGUGAAGGACGCGGGGAUAAGGUGCCACGAGACGUCCCCUAAGCGCCAGAAGGAGGACGAUGAUCUGAGAAGGGAGUCUGAUGCAACCCUCCAUGGCAACAAGGGCGACAUCCCAUCCUUGCUUGAUGUCCUCAAAGACAAUUAUUACGUUGUCCUCACAUUCCUGGAUGAGUUCCUUCUCUCUCUUCGGCUAUCCUUCAACCUAGGCCCUCAGCUUCUUUACCUAUUUGGUCAGAGUGGCACAGUUGGCCUUUGA